AUGGCUCCAACACCCAGAGAUGCAUUGGACUUUCCCGAGUCCGAUAGGGUCUUCCUGAACCCUCAUCUUCCGCCCCAGGUUGGCACUGCCGAUGAUCUCCCCUUCACCACACUCACUUUUGCCACAUCGCUCGAUUCCUCUCUUGCUCUCUCACCUGGGGCCCGCACGGUCCUCUCUGGGCCACAGUCGAAGGCAAUGACACAUUAUCUCCGAUCACGCCACGAUGGUAUUCUGAUUGGUGUCGGUACGGCAGUGGCAGACGAUCCAGGUCUCAACUGCCGCAUUGCAGGAGUUGGAGGUUACGGUAAUGAAGGCUUGAAUGGCCAGCCGCGACCAGUAGUCAUUGAUCCAUCCGCCCGGUGGGACUUCUCUGAUGAUAGCAAACUGUUUCAGCUUUGCAGAGAGGGCCGCGGCCGUGCGCCAUGGAUCGUGACAGCACUUGACCGACCCCCUCCGGAAAAGCAAGCUCUGCUGGAGAAGUAUGGCGGAAGGUUUAUCUCGCUAGAAAUGCCCAAAUCUGAGGCUGGCCGGCACCAAAUCAACUGGCAUGAUCUCCUUGUCACCCUCAAGUCGAAUGGUCUUUUGAGCGUCAUGGUGGAGGGUGGUGGCCAGGUCAUCAACUCUCUUCUAAGCCCUUCUCAUAUGUCUCUACUGAAUUCCGUGAUUGUCACAAUCGCUCCAACUUGGCUAGGUCAGGGUGGUGUAGUCGUGUCACCCGCCAGGCGGUUCGAUGACGGAGGAAAUGCUAUUUCCGCUGCGAGAUUGACAAACGUCAAGUGGUACCCAUUUGGUGAAGAUGUCGUGUUGUGUGGCCAGGUCAAUCUUUCCGAUGCUUGA